UGCCACAAUGGCUACAGAGCUUCACGUCUCGCCUCUUUUUGAGUCCACUCACAAACCUCCCAUCCCUGCAUGCCCUCCUGUUCAUGUCGUAUCUCGAUCAGUGCCACAAUGGCUACAGAGCUUCACGUCUCGGCUCUCAGCUGACCUCAGCAGCGCCUUCCCCUCACCCAUCAACCACGUGCUUGUGAAUGAGUACCAUGAGGGACAAGGCAUCAUGCCACACCAGGACGGCCCGGCCUACUUCCCCUGUGUGGCCAUCCUCUCUCUUGGCCUUCCCGGAACCAUGGCGUUCUCUCCACACCAGAGACUUCUGGAGGGAAGCAGUGAGAGCGGCAGAGAGAGCAGCGAGGGUGCUUGUGAGGCGGCUUUGGAUUUGAUGCACGCGCAGCACCAGAGGCUUUUGGAGGGAGGCAGGGAGGAGGUACUCGGUGAAUCUGAGAGGGAAGGAGAUGGGAACGAUGUAAUGGAACGAGAAGAGGCAGGCAAGAAGAAUUCAUCUGGCGAUGCAGUGGGGAUGAGGGAGAGUGUGGCUCUGCCCCCUCGCAGCCUGCUGGUGUUCAAGGAUCAAGCUUACACAGGUGAGCUGGUGUGGGGAGAGGCAGGCGAGUGGGGUUCGUCUGGGGAUGCAGUGGAGAUGAGGGAGGGUGUGGCUCUGCCCCCUCGCAGCCUGCUGGUGUUCAAGGAUCAAGCGUGUACAGGGAAUGAGAUAUCGUGCGCCAGUCCCUCUCGGGCCGUCAUUGAGACUGCGAGUGUCACAACUCGGCGCGCGGCUUUAAUCGCGCUGUCAGCGGUGAUCGCGGCGCAAUGCGCGGGCGAAAGAGGAGCAGCGGCCGCAGCAGCAGGGGAGGACGGGAAACAGCGAGGUCUCUCUGUCGAGCAAGUGAAGGAUAUUAUCGCACGUGACAUUAGCGAGGGCCAGUACUUUGUUACAGGGGACCUCACAGCCUCUAUUUAUCGCGAUGACUGCAGGUUCAAGGAUCCGACGAAUGACACCUCUGGUCUGGCGCGCUACCUGGCUGCUGUGAGCAUUCUCUUCGACCCGGCAUUCUCCAAGCAGGAGCUGCUCUCCAUUGCAGUCACCUCCGACAAAUCAGUCACUGCCACGUGGCGGCUUGGCGGAUACCUCAAGUUCCCUUGGCAACCCAGGGUCGAGCCAUUCACAGGUAUGAUCCGUUGGUACGCGACAAUACCGGGGACGGUGGACAUUCCCGAGGGCGCGGGUAACUCCACUCAGUAUUCCGACCUCACGUGCCUCGCGCUCUACCAGCAGGCAGUACACGGGCCGUGCAACAAGCCCAAGCCAUGGGCGUGGAACAUAGUGGAGCUCGCCAAGUGGCAGAGUUGGACAGAGCUGGGAAAGAUGGCGCCAGUAGAGGCCAUGCGGCUGUUCGUGCGUGCUCUGGAGCAUGCAGCAGCAGCAGUGGCAGCAGAGGGGUACAACAGAGGCUAUCCCGAUGCCUACGCUGCUGAGGGUUUCCUGGCAAUGAACGGCGCUGCCUUCCCCCGGGGCCCCCCUGUGGUGGAGGACAUGGGGGUGAUGGCAGUGCUGCGCUCACACGACUGCAUCAACAAGUGGGUCGCUGCUCCCGUCACUGGGAGAAAACCGUUGGCCAGAUACCAGGUGAGCUGUUUGUGCUGCUGCUACACUACUGCUGGGCUGGCCUUGGCCCUGAACCCCAGCCACCUCUUUCCUCGCGGCCCCCCUGUGGUGGAGGACAUGGGGGUGAUGGCAGUGCUGCGCGCACACGACUGCAUCAACAAGUGGGUCGCUGCGCCUGUCACUGGGAGAAAGCCGUCGGCCAGAUACCAGGACAUGGGGGUGAUGGCAGUGCUGCGAUCCCACGACUGCAUCAACAAGUGGGUUGCUGCACCCGUCACUGGGAGGAAACCCUUCGCCCGUUACCAGGUGCGGAGAUGCGGGAGGGGAGCACUUUUGAGGCGCCUCAAAAGGGAGGAAGCCUUCGGCCCGAUACCAGCAGAGAUCCUGGAUGGCAGGAUGUACGUGGUGGGGGGCAACCGUGCCCGGUUCAACCGUGACGUGCAUCAUGCAGCAGAGAUCCUGGACGGCAGGAUGUACGUGGUGGGGGGCAUCAGGGCCAGGUUCACCAGCGACGUGCAUGUGCUGGACCUCUCUCUUUCCCCUUCUCAACCCCUCAACAUCCUCCCAAACACCCCUCCUCCCUGUGUCUCCCUCUCUCUAUGCGUGCAGCAUGCAGCAGAGAUCCUGGACGGCAGGAUGUACGUGGUGGGGGGCAAUCGAGCCCGAUUCACCAGUGACGUGCAUGUGCUGGACCUCGCUUCUCUCGCCUGGUCAAAAAUGGAGCUGUCCUCGCCUGCAAACGCCCUUCCCCCCUGUGCUGGGCACAGCCUGGUUAUUCUAGACGAGGUGACUCUGCUGUGCAUAGGAGGGUUCUUCAAGGAUGGUGCAGAGAAAAUGAUAGUGCGGGCAUUGGAUGUGAGCACCAAGACGUGGCGGGUGAUGAAGACUCGCGGCCAAAUACCCUGUGCAAGGGGAGGCCACAGCACAGCCAAAGUGGGGUCGACAGUGUGGGUGUUUGGAGGGGAGGACAGCAAGAGGCGGCUGCUCAACGACGUAUACAGCCUGGACCUCACUACAUUCGUGUGGGAUAAGCUCGACACCACCUGGACACCACGUGAGUGGGUGGGGGGGAAUGAGAUGAGUGCACGUGAGUGGGCUGUGGUGGGAAGUGGAGAUGAGAUGAGUGCACGUGAGUGGGCUGUGGUGGGGAUGAGAGUUGGAGAGCAGGCUGUACAGGUGAUGUCCUCGUGCCUGGUAAACUGCUG